AUGUCUGGUAUAAACAAAGGUGUUCAAGCCUGUGUUAAUGACAAAUUACAACGUGAAGUAAUUUUCAUACCUUGGGGAGCACAUUCUUCUAACUUAGCAGUUAAGUAUGCUUGCGACUGUAGUACACAAUUUAUUUUACUAUUCUAUCUUUUACAAGAACUGUAUAAUUAUUUUACAGGAAGUGCUAAACGACAUCAUAUACUUCGAGAAAAACUUAAAGCUUCAGAGUUUGGUCUAAUGGUUAAAAAUCUUGCAGAUACUCGUUGGAUUGCUUCAUUUACUUCAUUGCAUGCUGUUGAUGUUUCACUCGAUCAGAUUAUUGAAAGGUUAACUUAUAUCAGUGAACAACUGACAGAUAAGGAAGCUAUUCAUCAAGCAAUAUGUCUCAAAAGAAAAUUAUUAUCUUUUGAAAUUAUGUCAUUAUUAUUGUUUAUGGUAAAUGUAACCCGUGUAACCUAUGCAAUUACUGCUCAUUUACAAGGCGAAGAACUCGAUAUAAUCACUGUCAUUGAUGUUAUUUCUAACAGUCUGAAACUUCUUCAACAUAUGAGAAACGAUGACAAUACAAUGAUUAAUAUGAUUGAAAGAACUAUUCGACGAGCAGUAGCAUUUGAUAUAUAUGUUGAUGCUGAGUUCGAUAGACUUCAUCGACCUCGACAGCGCUCUCGACGUAUUGAUAACAAUUCUAGUACAGCUGUUAAUUUAUCAAGGAAUGAAUAUUACACAGGAUUAAUGCGACAAGUACUCGAUCAAUUAUAUUCAGUUUAUAAUGAUUAUUAUGAUACAGUAAACAACAAAUUACGUCCUUUUCAUAAUGUUACACCAGGUUGUGUUGCACAGUUUUCACUCAACGAUGCUGAACGAUUGUGUUCAAUUAUACCUGGUCUUUCACUUGUUACAUUUAGUCUUUUUGAACCAUAUUUUAAUAUAAAUGAAAAAGAUAAAUGUAAUUUAACUCGAAUAAUGUUAAUGAACAAAUCAUCUUCUGUUCGUUCAAGGGUACUUGAACAUUCUUAUGAUUAUUUAGAUAUAUCAAAUUAUACUUCAAUAUCUUCGAAUCUUACAUCACUUCAUUUACGUAUAUAUGGUACAUCUUCAACUGUAACUCUUUAUUUAAUUUUAUCAAUUUUUCGUGUUUGUCAUGGAAUUCGACAUUUAGGCUUAACACUACAACACAAAUAUUCAGUUGAAAAUAAUAAUAUCAAUGCUCCAAUUUCAACACAAUCUUUUAAUGACAAGGACUAUCCCAUAUUAUCGCUAGUGAUAUCUUUCAAUUUAAUAAUAUAUGUUAUAUGUGAUAUUUAUUCAAUUGCUUAUAUUUUACGUUGUAUGCCUAAUCUUAAUCGUUUUAAUUUUACUCUUGCGUCACUAAUGACAUCAUUGCCAUAUUAUCGUGAAUUGUUUAAUGGUUUUGUGUGGCAACAAGUAUUAAAACGUUAUGUUUGA